GAUCGGUCCCUCGAAGUCGUCGCUCUAAUUCCCCCAACUUCAAUCCCUACCAGGUUGCCACCAUGCUACCCGAUAGAAGCGAUGGCGAUCCCCAGCUGGUGGCCUCCCCGUCGGCAUUCGCCGAGCUGAUGGCUCUAAAGCAAAUCGAUAGCCCCAGCCACCUGCACGGCAUCCCAUCUGAUGAGCCUGAAAAGAUUGAGCGUUUCCAAUCGCUCGCAUUACCGUAUCCACCGGGUGAAGGCAAAAUGGCCUUCGGUGGACACGUCUAUGCACAGUCCGCAUACGCAGCGUCAAAGACAGUGGAGAAAGGCUUCGUAAUCCACGAUAUGACUGGCACAUUCAUCUUGGCGGGACGGUUAGAUGUUCCGUAUGUGUACACAGUGCGUCAUGUGAGAGAUGGCAAGAUGUACUGUACCCGUGCAGUAGAUGCACGGCAGGGAGGCAAGGUGUGCUUCUCGUGCUUAUGCUCAUUCAAACGGGAUGAGGGGCCGGAGACGUUUGCGCAUCAGCCUCCCUCCGCACAGGAGCGCUUCAAGUCCGUCCUUCAAGCGAAACGCGUGGAAGAUCAGAUUGUCAGCCCUAGUGUGGAUGCCGACUGGUGGAUCGAAGUGGUGGAGCAGGGAAGUAUCACGGAGCGGGAGUUCCCCGGGUUGGAUAUGCGCAAGACCGAUAUGCAGGAGUACAACCUUACCGAGGAUGUAAAGCAGAAUCCUGAGAAGUAUCGCCAGCUUCAUCAGUAUUCGCUCAAAGGAUCGCCUCAAGAUUCUGCGGUCCCGGUCAGCAGGGAAGAACUGAAAGCGAAAGAGCAGUCAGGGGAAUUUGAUAACCUAUACGCAUGUGCACAUAUGUAUGCGAGUGACAGAAACUCUUUGCUGUUGAUACCGCGCGCUCUGGGGCUCAAGAACUGGACUGGAAUGGCUAGCUUGACUCUCACGGUGAUCUUUCAUCAGCGUGGUGAUGCUCUAAGGAUGAUUGAUUGGGAUGCAGCGUCGAGCCACGAUGGUACGGAUCUGCCGAAAAAGUGGUUCGUGCAAGAGGGGUGGACACCUCGUUCUGGCGAGAACCGGGCAAUUCAUGAGAGCUGGCUCUGGAGUCCGGAUGGGAAACUGGUGGCUACUAGUUAUCAAGAUAGUCUGUUGAGACUUAGAAAGCACGACCGAGGAGGGAAGCUAUGAUGUGACAUGUAUAUAAUAUAGAGUAUCCAAC